AUGGGACUCACCUGUUUUAAGUCUUGGAAGUUUGACAGUGUCACACAGAAAGGGAACAGAGAUGUAUUAGCAAGCCCUGGGUCAUACUUUUUCCUGUCUAACAGCUGUGGUCAAGGGGAUGAAUGGCUAAAGAGCCUCAACAAGGGAGUGUGGAUACCUUUUACAGGGGUGUUUGGGCAGCGGCUGGAGGAGACGGUGGUGUAUGAACGCAGGUAUGGGGACCACAUGGUCCCUUUGGUGGUGGAGCAGUGUGCGGACUUCAUCAGGGAACAUGGGCUGCUGGAAGUUGGGCUCUUCAGGCAACCUGGCCAGGCGACACUUGUUAAGGAGUUGCAGGAAGCUUUUGAUGCUGGUGAAAAACCCUCCUUUGAUAGCAGUACUGAUGUCCACACAGUGGCAUCACUGUUGAAAUUGUACCUCAGAGAGUUACCUGAACCACUGGUGCCCUUCUCCCGCUACCAACAGUUUCUUCUGUGUGGCAAGAAGAUCCCCACAGGCCGGGAGCAGGGAUUGCUGGAGUUAAAGAAUCUUCUUCACGAGCUUCCUGUAGCCAACUUUAAUCUCCUGAAAUACAUCUGCCAAUUCCUAAGUGAGGUCCAGUCCCACUCUAGCACCAACAAGAUGAGCAUCCAGAACCUGGCCACUGUUUUUGGUCCAAACAUCCUCCGGCCCAAAGCUGAGGACCCUGAAAGUAUAAUUGGUGGUACGGCUGCGGUACAGCAUCUGAUGUCAGAGCUGAUCGGAGAACACAGUAUGCUUUUCUCAAGAGAAAAGCCCUGCAAGGCUCCCAGAACCUCCAUACCAGCCUUUUCUCCCACACACAAACAAGGCAGCCAGGUAGAGUGGAUCCUUAACAACCCAUCUGGCCAUCCAAAGGAGUCUCAGCUAGAAUGGAACCCAAAUCGACAACUUCAAUCAGUCCACACUUUCAUGCCGUGUUCUCGGAAGCUUUCCCUGCCCCUUAUCACUGAGGAUAAACCAUCUUUCCAAAGUCAUCACACUCCACAUCAUCUACUUUUGGUACAGCAGCUGCAGCCUGAGGUCUCUUCCCAGCCCCUGCCUCAGAGCUCAGCACAGGAGCCUUCCCAAACAGGACUUGUACCUCUGCUGACCACACCACCCACUGCCUCUUCUUCUAUGACUACUGUGGCAGAAGUUGGGAAUGAGGACCCUUCUCAGCCUUCUAGGUGGCCUAGCCAGGGUAUGUGUACCUGGGAGACUGAGAAAGUCCACGACGACAGUGGUGGAAGCAGUGAAGCCCAAGACAGCAACUUGUCUGUGUAUGACAACAUAGUGACUGAGUUACGACUGGACGAAUGUUUAGAGGAUGGGGAACUUGGCACUGGAAUAAUAGACUUUGAGGGUGGAACUGCCAGCAUGAUUGACAGCAACAGCUCCUGGUCUUUGUGCGAGGUCCUACUCAUGGAUGGAGGGUCUGAAAGUGGUGGCCCUGAUAGCCCUUAUUUUAACCAAGGCUCAGUAUGUUUUACUUCCAGUAAAACAGAUGAAGAGCCACAUCCCAACUCCCCUACUUCAUCCACUGCUCCCACAGAUGCCCCUCUGAGCACAGGUAGCAGUGAAGUCUUUCUUCCAAGUGCUCCUUCAGACCAGCAAGACCUGCCCGCCUCUCAAGCCAUACAGUGCAUUCUGGUUGGUCUCAGACAGCAAAUGGCCAGACAGAAAGUGGAUUACGAAGACAAAAUUAACAGGUUGGAACAGCGAAACGAGGCACUCCAGGGACAGGUGGCAGGACUACGUGCAACUCUGGAGCAACAUCGACUCUGGGUCAGCGUGGCUGAGAUCAAGAUGAGGAACAUGGAACGUGCUCGAGCUGAUGCAGAUAAACGAAACGCUGCUCUACAGCAUGAGAUGGAGCAGUUCUUCACCACUUUCGGAGAACUGAAUUCAGAGGCUCGAAAAACAGAGCGCAUCAUUCAAAGCUUUUAAAAUUCACAAGAUGCUUCCAUAUUUUAGUCAGGUUUAUAACACAUGCUAGGAUUUUCCCCUGGCUUAAUGGAAACCCACUGCACUAAAAGGAAAAUGUUCCCCAAUUUACAAACCGGUGCUAACUUAAAUGUAACAGAUGGGACAGAUGACUGAAAAUUGGCUUUUUGUACAUAAGCAGGUACACAAAGUCAACAGAAUGACUCAAAGGUUGGGUAAGAGGUUGUCCAAAUUCAAUCUGUGCAUUGAUUCAUCAUUUACAGUACGGUAUACAAAAAGUAUGCAAACCUUUGGGCUCAAUUAAAGUGAUGAGAUUGGAGGUUUGUAAGAUUGCUUGCUUGCUUCCACGGUCAGAGCUGUUUUGGUGACACAAAGAGGACUUAAGACACUGGUGCACAGCUCUAGUCCUGGAUGGCCAGAGUUCAAAACAUUUUAAUGAUUCCCUGCACUAAUACACCAGAUUUGUUUUUUCCAUGUUUUGUAAAGCUGAAAUCCAGCUCUUUAGGACUUGAGUGGUGCACCCUGACGUAUGAUGAAAAAGUGAGAAAGACAUUUAUACAAGCCAUCAGAUGGGAUUUAUAAUCGAUUUAGGGGUUUAAAGACCUAAAAGCUUUGUUUAAAUAAUGCUUUUUUUGCCAAUUUUAACCCCUCUUUGACCCAGAAUGCAACAGAUUAACAGCUGAAUGCAGAAAUCUGUGCUUUGGAAUGUUCAGGGUUCACAAACAUUUUCUUGCUACUGUACGUCUAGCAAGCAUGGUGUCAUUGCUGUAACCAGGACUGCCUUUAUAUGAAGGAGAAUGAACAAAUAUAAAACAAUAAUAAAACCUGUUUUUAUUUUCAUCAA